GUGGCCUAGCGGCGAAUCAACCCUUCGCCUGUUACCGGCGAGUCGCGCGUCCCCGAUCCUCUUCCAGGGGUUUCUCCGAUCGAGCUGGAAAUAUCGCGGGCCCGAAACAAACAAAAAGAAAAAGAAAAGAAAAGAGAAAGAAAAACACGGCUCCUCUGUGCCGCACGCGCCGGAAGUGAACGACGGAACGCGCCGCGGCGCAUAUUCGAACGGGUCGGCAGCGCCGGCCGUCGAAAACGGUCCCCGUGUCGUGGAAUCGAUCGUUCACGGGCCGCCUGGUUUUGCUCGCCGGAGACAGAGCAAGCCGAGAAAAUAUAUCGGUCACGGGCUGCGCCGCUCGGGAACCGAUGAUCGGUCGCCGAUCGAGACCGACCGCCCAGAUCGGAACGAGCACUUUGAUGGAUAUUCGAGGGACCGUCCGGCGAACGUGGCUCGUGGCUUGAUAAGCCGGCCGCGACGACGAUCGUGAUAAGGAAAUCCAGCCGAGAGAGGAGCCAGCCGGUGGAGAGUGCUGGGUCGGACAAAGAGGAUCGCCACGGUAGAAUGUGCAGCUGAUCGGAAUGACGAGACACUCUCUGGUGAUCCUAUGCUGCUACCUGUACACGCUCUUUGACAUGGCGGCCCUACACUUUCCCGAGGAAAUAUGCGAACCGGUACUCUCCACGGAGGUCGAAGCCUGGCAUAUUAAGGUCGAUAGCCUAUCGUCCAGUACGUUUCGACUUUCGGCGAGAAAACGCGGGUACCGGUUUUUUCCGAAGAUCGAAAGGGAGUCGGACCUCGAAGAGUAUGGCAGAAAGGAGGCCUCUCUGUCGCUGAGGGACAUCCUGCCCUUGAACCCGAAGCAGUAUGACAAGCACAGGGCGCCGAAGUUCCUGGGACAGCCGACCAUUGUUUACUUCCACGUGACGGUGCUCAGCCUAGACUCCAUAAACGAAGAGUCCAUGACGUACGUCGCCGACAUAUUUCUGGCUCAAAGUUGGCGGGACUCUAGGCUCCGACUUCCGGAGAACAUGUCCGAGGAAUACAGGAUACUGGACGUGGACUGGCUGCACAAUAUCUGGAGGCCGGACUGCUUCUUCAAGAACGCGAAGAAGGUCACCUUCCACGAGAUGUCGAUACCGAACCAUUAUCUCUGGCUCUACCACGACAAGACUCUGCUUUACAUGUCAAAACUGACCUUGGUGCUGUCUUGCGCGAUGAAGUUCGAGUCCUAUCCGCACGACACGCAGAUCUGCUCGAUGAUGAUCGAGAGCCUGUCACACACGACCCAGGACCUGGUGUUCAUCUGGAACAUGACGGACCCGCUGGUGGUGAACCCGGAGAUCGAGCUGCCGCAGCUCGACAUCUCGAACAAUUACACGACCGACUGCACGAUCGAGUACUCCACCGGGAACUUCACGUGCAUACAGAUCGUGUUCAAUCUGCGGCGCCGGCUCGGCUAUCACCUGUUCCACACGUACAUACCGUCCGCCCUGAUCGUGGUCAUGUCCUGGAUCGCGUUCUGGAUCAAGCCCGAGGCGAUCCCGGCCCGAGUCACCCUGGGCGUCACCUCCCUGCUCACCCUCGCGACUCAGAACACGCAGUCCCAGCAAUCACUGCCGCCGGUCUCCUACGUGAAGGCCAUCGACGUGUGGAUGUCCUCGUGUAGCGUGUUCGUUUUCCUCUCGCUGAUGGAAUUCGCCGUUGUCAACAACUACAUGGGCCCGGUCGCCACCAAGGCCAUGAAGGGAUACUCCGACGAGGAUCUCAGGGAGGCCAUUGACGAGUUCAAAACGCCGAUGAGGAACGAAUCGGAGAGAAGCAGAAGUCCCGUGAGGCCAGCGACGGUGCAAUACGACACGUGCUGCGAGGGUCGUGCGACCGCGAUCUACAUCGACAAGUUCUCCAGAUUCUUCUUCCCGUUCUCCUUCUUGAUCCUGAACGUCGUCUACUGGAGCACCUUCCUGUAAGAAGCCUGGAUCCCGCGGGAGAAACGAUCGACGGAGCCGUGGCUCCCGAAAUCCCCGAAUCUCCUAAGUCGCCGAUCCGCCAUCUUGUCGCUCGGCCGGGACCGAAAUCACCGGAUCGCUCUACACGAUCUAGAACGGCGCGACAAACGAUUUCGCGGUUGUAACAUUGACGAUCUUUCAGAGAAUCAUCGGGCCUGGACGUGCUCCAGCGACGUAAUAAAUUCUUGUACUCGUUAAUUUAUUAUUUGGGACAUUAGCGACAGAGAAUUCGGACACGACGAUUUCGAACAAAAGCUGUUGUCUCGAACAACGACGAAUAGACUGCGGACCUCGUGCAUCGGAAAUUGUUCGCUGUUUCGUGAACAGCUCUUUCACGUUCGUUCGGAAGUCGGCAGAGCUACGAUUAAUUAACGUUCGCGCGACGUUCCGCAGUCUACCGUACCGAACCAGCGCAAAGUACGAGCUAAAGAACGCGUGAAACGCGAGAAGAGAAACGCGGCUUUCUCGCGAGGAGAAAAAUUGUCUCAUCGAGGUGAGAGAGAUAAAGCAUCGCGAAACCAGCAGAAGGACUUUUCUACGACAGUCUCUCGGCGCGCCUUUUGUACAGGGAGCACGUGCACGCGGACGUACACGCACGCACGAGACACGCCGCAGGGUUGAUUAACGGUCGAUUAAUUAACGAUAAGCGUCCUAGUAAUUAACUCGCGCGAUGGUUCCUCCCUGGAUCGAUCGAUCGAUCGAUCGACGGCUCACUUACCUGCUUGCACGUGUUCCCAGCAGAUCGAUCCGCAACCGUUGCCUUGCGAAAAUCAUGAAAUCUGUACCGACUCCCACGGUUGAUCGUUACUUUAGCCGUUCCGUCUUAUUACUCACUGUAAUCUCCUCCAGUUUUCUUACGACCGAUAUACUCGAUGAUAUAUUUUUAACGGUUUACGUAUUUUUAACCGUCGUCGCCGCCCCAGCCCCGCGACCUUGCUAACACGAAAUUCACAGCGAUCUACGCGACGGCGUAAAAUCGGAGGACCAGCAGCAGCCUCCAAACGGUUCACGCGAUUCGGACGAGAAAGCGGGGCUGCGCGCGCGCGCUAUGGCAUGCUUGCGUCACAGUUGAUUCGUUAUAUGAGAGAAAAACUUUAGGGACAAAUAAACAGAACGUUAAUGCGCCUAA